AUGACUAACUACUCCCCCACCCUCGCCACCAACACCAAAUUCCAAGACUUCGUCGUCUCCUUCUACAAAACCUCCGACACCGCCCCUCCAUCAUCCCCAUCAGUCGACCCAUAUCUCCAAUUCUUCACCCCUGAAGCACCAUUAACAAUGGCAUCCAAACGUGUCGUUGGCCAUUCUGAAAUCACAGAAUUGAGAAAGGGGAUGUGGACCUCCGUGACCAAGAGACAUCAUGUGGUUGAGAAUGUUGCUAGUGUUGACGAUGAGACUGUGUUGGUGAAUGGAUAUGUUGAUUAUAGAUUGAUUAAUAACAAGGAUAUAACUACUGAAUGGGCUGCUAUUAUGAAGUUGACUAAGAGUGAGGAAGGCGAAUAUAAGAUGAAGUUCUAUCAAGUGUAUUUGGAUCCUAGUGUUGCUGCUAAAGCUUUAACUGAAUAG